CGGGCUGCUGCUGUAUCUGCGGUGCGGCAGCGGGGAGCGCCGCAAAUGAAAUCCAGGCAUCGUGAACGCGCGCAGUGACGUCGCAGCCGCGCUGCUGUAGGGAUGGUGGCGGGGUGCGCGCGCGCUGGACGGUAAUGGCUGCCCUAGAUCGGCGGGUGUGUGUGCUGGAUGAGUGCGCGGGGCAGAGCUGGAGCUGCUGGCUCGAUAAGGCGGACGCGUCCACGGCGGAGGGGACCUCUGGUGAAGAGUGCAGCAAGAAUGUGAAAAAAAGAAUGGAAACCAUGACUCUUCGAAAAGAGGACAUGUGCAUAUACGGACACUGCCCUUCACAGGAUGAGUUCUACCUGGUGGUGUGCAGCCACUGUGGGCAGGUGGUGAAGCCACAAGCUUUUGAGAAGCACUGUGAGCGGCGGCACAGUCCUCUCAGCAAGCUCUGUGGCCCCCACUCUUCCCUCUCAUCACCACCACAGGGGAGAACACCCUCCCAGCACAGCGCUCUCCGAGAAAGCAGGGAAGGAAAGCAGCAGGGUGCUGGACCUCCUCGCGUCCCACCCCUGCAUUCCCCCAUCCACAAACCUCCCAAAGCCCAGAAGGAGGGAACCAGUGUUUUUCAGCCAGAGAAGUUCCACCAUGAGAGCCCUCCAUCACCUCCAUAUUCCUCCACACAGACACCUCGAGACCCACCAUGGCAUUCAGGGUCCACGCCGCCAAAAACGCCACCAAAAACUCAACCAAAAACUCCACCCAAAAUGCCCCCUCCUUCAGAAAAGCCACUGCAGAAAGGCACAGACGUACAGAAGCCCUUGCCUGGACCCAGAACAUACAGCAGAACUUACAAAAAAGUCCCCAAGAAAGAAUGUGACUUGGAUAAGCACUGUGGUGUCCUUGAUCCUGAAAGGAAAAAAGUCUGCACCAGGCUGCUUACAUGUAAUAUUCACUCUAUUCACCAGCGCAGGCAGGUGGCGGGGAGGAGUAAGAACUUUGAUCAGCUAGUUCUGGAACUGAAGAUGAGCUCGAAAUCUCGGGAGCGAGCUCCUCCUGUGAUUAAAGACGUGCCAGAGGACAGUUUUUCCUGUCCUCAGACUCCCGCAGCAGACCCACUGCCUCAGCCGUGCAGCCGACGCCAGGCGGCCACCUAUGUUUCUCUCAGGUCCAGGACUUCAUCAGAGAGUGGUGUAGAGGGGGAGGAGCCACCCCAGUGCCCCCCAGCUCACUCAGCCUCUCUCUCCAGUGAAGAAAGCGAUGGUGAAAACCAGGAGGAAGCCACAGAUCUACCCACCAGCACCUGCCAUCCCAGACCUCUGGGGCUGUGCACUUUUGGCGCGCGUGUGCUGGGAUGUAGCGUGUUGGCGUUCGACCGCAGGCUCUUCCACCUGCGCUCGGCGCUCAGUGCCAUGGUGGAGCAGCACCUCAGCGCCCACCUGUGGAAGAAAAUCCCUCAGGUGUCUGAUCUGCGCUCUCAUUACUCUCCAUCAGCCUUCACACCUGCUCCUCAAUCACACAGCGCUGUACGCAGCCCACCCAGCAGAGCACCCGCCCUCAGUGCCUCCUCUCUUAGGACUAGUGCCCUCUCUGUCCCCAGACGCCCCCCGGGGGACAGCGGUACCUCAGGACAAUCAGAGCCCAGGACUUCUAACCCCCCUCCCUCCUCCAAAACCCCGACCAAAGCCCCCGAGGCCUCCGGCCCUGGCCGACCUCGGACCCCGGUAGGCCGCUCCGGCAAACAGCUCCAGCAGGUCAGGGCCGGGCAGCUGCAGGACGGCCCCGAACCCGUCAGGAAGCGCAGAAAGUCUCCCCCGCAGGAAGAAGACCUACAGUUUCAGAACAGGAGCUCCUUCACCCCAAAAGAUCGACAGCCCCCCUCAGGCAGACCCUCGCUCUCCCCUUCUCAUGGACCAGUCAAUGGCGUCCUCUCGCCAAGCAGCAAGACACGCCCCCUUUUGCACGUUUCCGUUUCCGAGAUGCAGGGCUUGUCCAAGCGAAGCCCCGCCCCCAUCACCUCCCACACGUCUCCACUCUCUCCCCCAGAAUCCUCCUCUAGCGAUGGUGGAGGAGCCUCAGGGCUGCACCGAAAGGCAACUCUCGGCCAUGAGCACAAAGGGCCCAGCAGGAAGCGAAAGACCAGCGGUGCCUGUUCCCCCGAGCCUCCGUCACGCCACCCCAAACCCACCAGCCUGCCCUUCACCCACGCUCCCUCCAGCCUCUUCUCCUGGAAGAGAGACAGCAAGGCCAGGCCUGUCUCCAUCAGUCUGGAGAAGAAACUGGAUGCACAGAAGCCAAAGCUUCAUCACUGAGGGCAGUCUGCCUUAAAACCCCCCAGGAGUUCGAAGUCUACUGCCAUGUUUUGCCACAAACUUUAUGCACAGGACGGUCGAAGCGUUUGCAAUUCACCCCAGGAGGAUGUGUGUGUGUUUUUGUGCGAGUGUGUGUGAGAGAAAGAGAGAAUUUUGUACAUUAAAUUUAUGUAUAUGUGUGUGUAUGUAUGAAUUGUAUGGAUGAGUUUGUGUGUGAGUAUAGAAAUACCUCAGUCCUACCUUAUGCUGCUAAACAAUGUCAGAUGUUGAAAUAUAAAAUAAAUAUCCCACACACUUGAGAACCUCGUCUGGUUUGUUGGACUGUUACACUAUUACAGCCUGCAACCACCACAGGGUGGCGCUAUAUACCCACUGCAUCCAGGUUUAUAUGAUAAAGGCUUGAAUAAAUAUCCUGCAUGUCUGGAAAUCAGAGUAUAUGCUUGUCCUAAAGGCAUUUUUAGUGUUGACAACAUUAAAAGUCUGUAUUAAAGAGUGAAAGUCUGAAUUGGCAACUGAGUAAA